UGUAGCAUUCUUUAGUGUUGCUUUGCUUUCGUGAAUGAAUGUCUGUAUUAUAAUUUUGUCAAAUAUAUAUCUAUUUUUUUUAACUUUCUAAUUUCAUUUUAGACCUUUUACAGGCCUGCCGUGAUAUCCAUAUCCUGUUGUCUGGUCCCAUAUCCGUGUAAUCCACUACCACUUCUUGGAACGGAGCAGUGGGUACAGGAAAUGUUCCCAUCAUAGGUAUCAUAGAUGGCCUGGAAUUGUACCUCAAACAGGGUGCAAACUUACAAGGGGUGAAGAUGCUUUGUACUAAUGCUGAGGGGGCUUCACUGAAAGGAUGUAACUAUGAAGAUCCAUCUGGGCUGAAAGUCAACCUGGAAGGCGCUAACCUGAAAGGAGUUGAAAUGGAAGGAAGCCAAAUGACAGGCAUCAACCUGCGUGUGGCCACUCUGAAAAAUGCUAAGCUGAAGAACUGCAACCUGCGGGGGGCCACUUUAGCAGGAACAGAUUUUGAGGGACCAAUUCCAAAGAUGGAACAAGCAAGGAAAACCAUCUGCAAGAAGGACAAGCCAAAGCAGUUGGAAGCCAUCCAAAAUCAUGUCACAAGAUUCUGUAAAAGUUGCUGAAUGAGUAUUUAUGUGGAUAAUUAAAGGACAACAAUGCUUUAUUACUGUCAAAACAAUGACUGUCACAUGUGAAAAAGUAACAUCUUCCAUUGUGAUGUAUUGAACUGUUAUGAAACAAAAUGCAAAGACUUCCAAUACACAAAUGAAUGUGAGACAAUAUUAAGCUCAAUUCUAUCAAUAUAAAUAUUUGCAAGUUUGCUUAUCUGCCAAGUGGUAAAUGUGACAGUGAAU